AUGGCUACCCGGACGCAGUUGCGCCAGGGCAGUGAUGCUCGCUUGAAAGGUUUCUCCGCCGCUCAACGCACUCUCACACCGUCAUCAGAGGCCGGAGAAAGGAGCGGUGGUUUCAGUAACUCCAAUAAGAGGAGAGAUGAAGCUCCGAGAGAGGGAGACCGCUGGAUGGACGUCAGAAUACUGAAGGAGACCCUUGACUGCACAGUCUGCUUCGAGCACUUCAGGACUGAGAUUUAUCAGUGUUCUGUUGGGCAUUUCAUAUGCUCGUCUUGCCGCGACAAGAUACUGGACAAGAAGUGCCCCACAUGCUCUAUCAAAACUUCCUUCAAGCGCUGCUUUGGGAUGGAACAUGUCGUCCAGUCGGUCGCAUUUCCUUGCUCCAAUGCCAAGUAUGGAUGCAGAGAGGGUCACGCAUACUAUCAGAAAGAAGGACAUGAGCAGGUAUGCCCGUAUGGCCCAUGCUUCUGCCCAGCGUCCGACUGCAGCUUCACUGGGCUGACACACGAGCUCCUGGACCAUCUCACCAUCUAUCACAUGUCUCCAUGUACAGACCUCCCAUAUCAUGGGACGGUGGCUCUCCGCUUAGAACCGGGCAUACAUGUUCUGGCACCCCGCAACAAGGGCAACAACCAUUUUUUCAUGCUCAACAUGGAGCCAGAGCGUCUUGGAUAUGCUAUCUCAGUCGUCUGCGUCCAACCUAAUGCUACGGAACCCAAGUUCACAUGUAGUAUGAGUUAUGACUGCUCUGGGACAGGUUAUUGUGGAAGUGCAAGUUGCCAAAUAAAAAGCUCUACACUCUCUGAUGGGCUACCGACGGACUACGACUUAAUUCCACCCAAGAGAAAGAUUUCUGGUGAUCGAAAAUUUAUCAUGCUCAGAAUCACCAUUCAUCAAGCUUCAAGUGUCAGCAAAUCCCAUGUUAAAGGAAAGGGCCUGACUUCCACUCCAUUGACCCUGUUUCCUCGUCGUUCUGAUGAUGAUGGCGAUAUAGUCUGCAGAUCCUGUAUUGAAGGAAAGUGCCCGACUUCCUCUCAAAAGCUACUGUUUCCUGAUUAUUCUUCUGAUGACGAUGAUGAUGUGCCUUCAAGAUUCGAGCGUGCUCUCAAACGGGUGUCCCUGCUUGAUUAA